AUGGCAACCGUGACCAUCGUGGGAUGUGGCGGCGCGGUUGACCAGCCUGCCACAGGAGAGGCCACCCAACCACAAGUGAGCGACGCAGCCACGGCUGCGCCAGUCAGACCGUCUCCCCUACCGGCCACACCCGCUGUAACCAUAGUGGCCACCGCAACGCCGCAACCGACCAACACUCCCAGUGCGGCCCAGGCGAUUUCCGAAUUGGGCGGUAGGCUCCGCAUCGCGUCGGUUCCCCCGGUGCAGCAAUUUGUUGGUAGCUGGCUGGGAACGACCACUGCCGCCAAUAUGCAGGUGCGGCCGUUCUCUGACCCCCUGAUCCAUACCGACCGCUUCGAUGGUUCUUUGGUUCCGGGGCUUGCCACUUCCUGGGAAGCCAACGAGGACGGGACGCAGUGGACAUUCCAUCUCCGCGAUGACGUGGAAUUCCAACAUGGCUGGGGAAAGUUCAGCGCCAAUGAUGUCCCCCAUAGCACCGGACUCAUCGUUAAAGAGGAUGCCAUCGCCAGCGAUACCGGAAUUUUCAGGGAGUUGUUUGGCAAUACCUACGACGACGUCAUCAACAAACGUGGUGGUCGUGGACGACAACACCGUUCAAUACAACGUGCAAGUCCCUAA